ACAUGACUCGACGGCGACGGUAGCCGUGGCAGCAGCCGUGCCGGCUCCGCGGGCUCUCCUGGUGGUCUCAGUUGUGCUCACGCAGGAGUCGAGCACAGCCGGCAGGGCACGGACCUGCUGCAGCUGCGGCCGCCCAGCCGCUCCCGGAGCGCGCGGCGUCGCUCCCUGCCCCGCCGGCCCGCUCCAUGCCUCUCGGUUGCGGAAGUGUAGCGGGGGGAGGCGGCAGCACCGAGCGCGGGAGGCCCGAGCUCGGCCCCCUGCAGCUCUAGGCGGUGGGAGCCGCGCGGCGCGCCCCACGGCCCGGCUGCUCGCGCGCCCGGCGCCCGCCGCAGCCUGCAUGCCCCGCGCUGCGCCGCGCCGGGCCCCGCUCUCCGCCUCCCGCUCGCACCGCUGCUGCCGGGCGCCAGAGUAAUAUGCUCACUCGAGUGAAAUCUGCCGUGGCCAAUUUCAUGGGCGGCAUCAUGGCUGGCAGCUCAGGCUCCGAGCACGGCGGCGGCGGCUGCGGAGGCUCGGACCUGCCCCUGCGUUUCCCCUACGGGCGACCGGAGUUCCUCGGGCUGUCUCAGGACGAAGUGGAGUGCAGCGCCGACCACAUCGCCCGCCCCAUCCUCAUCCUCAAGGAGACCCGGCGGCUGCCUUGGGCCACUGGCUACGCAGAGGUUAUCAAUGCCGGGAAGAGCACACACAAUGAAGACCAAGCGAGCUGUGAAGUGCUCACUGUGAAGAAGAAAGCUGGGGCAUUUUCCUCAACCCCAGGCAGGAACACGACUAAGAGAAGGUCCUCCCUUCCCAAUGGGGAGGGGCUGCAACUGAAGGAGAACUCGGAAUCAGAAGGUGUUUCCUGCCACUACUGGUCGCUGUUCGACGGUCACGCGGGGUCCGGGGCCGCGGUGGUGGCGUCCCGCCUGCUGCAGCACCACAUCACGGAGCAGCUGCAGGACAUCGUGGACAUCCUGAAGAACUCGGCCGUCCUCCCGCCCACCUGCCUGGGCGAGGAACCGGAGAACACGCCCGCCAACAGCCGGACUCUGACCCGGGCUGCCUCGCUCCGCGGAGGGGUGGGGGCUCCGGGCUCCCCUAGUACCCCACCCACGCGCUUCUUCACGGAGAAGAAGAUUCUACAUGAGUGUCUGGUCAUAGGGGCUCUUGAGAGUGCGUUCAAGGAAAUGGACCUACAAAUAGAACGAGAGAGGAGUUCGUAUAAUAUAUCUGGUGGCUGCACAGCCCUCAUUGUGAUUUGCCUUUUGGGGAAGCUGUAUGUGGCAAAUGCUGGGGAUAGCAGGGCAAUAAUCAUCAGAAAUGGAGAAGUCAUUCCCAUGUCUUCAGAAUUCACCCCCGAGACUGAACGCCAGCGACUUCAGUACCUGGCAUUCAUGCAGCCUCACUUGCUGGGAAAUGAGUUUACACAUUUGGAGUUUCCAAGGAGAGUGCAGAGGAAGGAACUUGGAAAGAAGAUGCUCUACAGGGACUUUAAUAUGACAGGCUGGGCUUACAAAACCAUUGAGGAUGAUGACUUGAAGUUUCCCCUUAUAUACGGAGAAGGCAAGAAGGCGCGAGUAUUGGCAACUAUUGGAGUGACCAGGGGCCUGGGGGACCAUGACCUGAAGGUGCACGACUCCAACAUCUACAUAAAACCAUUCCUGUCUUCAGCUCCAGAGGUCAGAGUCUACGAUCUCGCCAAAUACGAGCACGGAGCAGAUGAUGUGCUGAUCCUGGCCACUGAUGGACUCUGGGAUGUCUUAUCAAAUGAAGAAGUGGCAGAAGCAAUCACUCAGUUUCUUCCUAACUGUGAUCCAGACGACCCUCACAGGUACACACUGGCAGCUCAGGACCUGGUGAUGCGUGCCCGUGGUGUCCUGAAGGACAGAGGAUGGCGGAUAUCUAAUGACCGACUGGGCUCAGGAGAUGACAUAUCUGUAUAUGUCAUUCCUUUAAUACAUGGAAACAAACUGUCAUGAAAACGGCCCAAGGAAUUGGAAGAACAGAAGGAAGAAAGCUGGGGUACCUCUUGGCAGGGCAGGCCUGGGAGUGCCCCAGCAGCGUUCCAGGUGAUGCCACCUCUUCCCAGCCCAGGUGGGGAGUUUGCUGCUGAAAGACCUCUCUGGCUAUGCUCCAAGAGGAUCCUUAGGUUUCGGUUUCCUCUUUAGUAUAAAAGGUCUGGAUUCUCAACAAAAGCUAAACAUAAAGGCUGCUACUGAGUGUUGUGUUUCUUUUGGUUCCUUUACUAGGCCUCCUACGUGGCCACUGCCUAUUUUGGGUACACACAUCAUAUUUAUUUUAUCUAGAGUCGCUGGAGCAGCCAAUUUCAGGUUUAACUGGCAGAAGACUCUUCAGCCUGUCCAGCUGCAAAUUUCUCUACAGGUUAAAAGUGCUGCAUUGGAAAGUUGGGGAUCAUGCCUCAGAAAGUGUGAGUGCCCACCUUCUAGUAAGCCUGAGAUUUAUUUCAGGGAAUGCUAUCUGUGUGUGUGUGUGUGUGUGUGUGUGUGUGUGUGUGUGUGUGUGUGUGUCUGUCUCUCUGUUUUCAUGAUGCUGAUGUGGGGAGGCAGGGAUUUGGGGAUGGGAGGAUAUUCCCUAAAUCGUAAUUGUUUCCCUUCCAUAGAGCAGGCCUGACUGGGACUUUCCAACUCCUUGCUGAGGGAUGUGUGUGUCAGAGUCCAGCCCUGGCUGUCCCCAUAUCCUGUAGCCUACACCACCCAGGCAACCACCUGGAACAGUGCCCUGGCUAACAGAGCUGUCUUUGUUGUGUAAUCAUUUGUUCCCAAGUUGCAUUUUCUCACUGAAUCAAUGUGUUUUCAUGAAAAUUUUGGGUGUUUCUUUGGACCAACAGCUCCUCUAUUGUCUUCUAGGGUCCCCCUUGCGUGGCUUGAGGUUUCUCUGUUUGUUUCUGAGUCUGGGUUUUCAUUUCUGGAAUGGCGUGUCCACCCGCCGCUGUGCCAUGGGGACACACGUGAAGCAGUGUUUAAUAGAGCAGGAUAGGAUGUUCCUUCUAUCAGUCAGUUCUCCAUACCUCAUUUCAGGGCUGUCCCUCCAUUUUGGAUCCAGGUUCCAUGGGCUAUGACUGUCCCCAAGCCCACUCCAAACAUGUAAGUAUCAGAGUCUGUCAAGGGGCAGUAGGCCUACUUUCCCCAUCAUCUUUGGGCCAGGCCCACUCAGAAAGGCCUUUUAAUAAAACUGAAUUUGAAUUAGGUUGACUGGUCAUUCUCAUGCUGUACGCCUGCCCCUUCUCCACAGAAUCAUGUCCCAGCUACCCAACCACUCAGUCCCCUCUUCUCACUGUUGCUCCACCUCUGGGUGUUCCUCAGAAGAGCAGCAGAAGCAGUAGACAGACCAGACAUACCUGCUGCUUCACUGCCAGGAGGAAUCGCAAGAUAGAUAUUUGGAAAUCACUUCUGUCUCUCAGAUUGCUUCUCUGCAUUGGGGGACCUGGUACAUCAUCAAUGUCCAAUUACCAAAUCUUCUUCCUGCAGAGCUCCUGUGGUAUCACCGCCAUCUUGACAACUUUGUGUAAUUAAAACAUUCUUCCCAAUGAAGUAAAAGGUCAUUGGUGUGACCCCCAAAAUGCUGGAGAGCCAAUUCCAGUUCUCAUGUUUGUCUGCGUCCCUUCCCCAGAGGCAAGGACAGGAAAACCAUUCUUUUGGGACAGUUAAUCGCCUGCAUAUAUAUUUUCUUAGGAAUGGCCUGGAGCCUUCCUACUCAGGAGUGUGUUCAUCACACAAUGUGGCAACAACUACUUGGCAAGUCACCCACCAGGUGGUUGUCAAAAUGUUGCCUGGGAAGAAUUGGACUACAACCUUGUCAGGAGUCCUCUUCAUCUGACAGCUUCCCUCCUCCUUCCGUAAAUCUUAGGUACUCCAAACAUCUCUGUGGACAGAAGUUUGUGGUAAACUAUUUGUUUCUCUGGCAGAAUAUGCACCAUGGGAAAACAUGAAGACCCCCUACAACCGUGUGGUCCGUUUUCUGUUCCUGCCCUGACUCUCAAAGCCACGUACAAACUGGAAACUUGAGAAAGUUUUCCUUGGAGGACUGAGCCACCAGCUUUAGGAAGCUGUUCUCACAAGCACUCACCUCUCUCCUGUGUUCCCAUGACCUUUCAUUUAUUUCCUGUCCUGGGCUUCUAUCUGGGCCCUAACUUGAGCUUCACUAGUUUUAUCUGAGCCACCAGAGACAAAGUUUGGGUGUAGACAUCACGUAAAUGUCAUGACAACUUUCUACUCAAUUCAGCAAUUCAUUUACUACCAAGGCAUGUCUCAGGAAAAACUCUGGAACCUCCUUAUUCAACUUACCCUAAAGUGUUGAGCAUUUAGUCCUACUGAUUUUAGUUAGAAAGGUACCUAGGAAUUCUUUUCAUAAGCCCCCUUGGGUGGAAAGGUCUCAGUAGCAAGCUGAAGCCAUGAUUCUGUUUGGGGGAUGGGAGGAAAACUACAAAUGAGGUGAAGAAAUCAAAUGGGAAAAAAUGAUUUGUUAAUGCCUAAAGCAGAUCUACCCAGCAUUGAUAUUGCUCUGUGAAUUGAGCUUACUUGGUUUUGGCUUUAUUUUUCACCCAGGCCCCACGUGAUCCCAUCCCAGAGCAGUAAAUGUGUCUACAUAACAGGUUGGCCCUUAGUGCAUUCCUGGAUAUGUCAAAAGGCAACACAAAAUUCUGCAGAGCAUAUUUAUACGUGGUUCUGAAAUCUUGUGUAUCUGAGUUAUAGCCAAAUCUGCUUGCCCUCAUAGCCUCAGAGGAAGUCUAGUUUAAUAAAAAGCUUUUGAUUUCUAGUCAAGUCUUUAUUGUUGUCUUGGGGGGGGUGUGGCCACUUCCUUUAAUGAAAGGCACUUUCAGUUCUAAAUCUCAUUGUUGGGCUGGCCCCUGCUCUUCAGAAUAUUUGGUGACACUCUCUUCGUUAAAAAGAGAGCAAACUCACACUCCAUCCGCACUCUUCAGCAUUUUCCCAGGCAACAACCAAAGCUCUGUUCUCAGAACACCUGAAAUCUGAGCAGUGCUAGCAGUCAGAGGUCGAGGUCUGCAGUGGUUGUGCAUACAUAACUGCUGUUCUUGGGGUGGGAAGGGAGAGGGAAAAUCAGGCUAGGCCAAGUACUCAGCUGUCCAGUAGGACAAACCCCAAAAGAGUGAAUUUCACUUAUUGUCCACAAUACACAGCUUUGAGCAAUUUGGGGUGUUUAAUUUUGUAAUCCCUAGCAAUUUACCUCCAUGGGGUUGUGUCAAGUCAGCUCUGCUCACCCUCUUCUUACUCUGAAGUAUUCAUUUACUUCUUACAGCUAUAGGUGAGCAGGGAUGAGAGUCCCCAGUAGCCAAUUUGGCCUCAGAUCUUGGCCAUUCGGGUAGGAUUUUUGGCUUACCAAGACUAGCAUGGAAACACUUGGGAAAAAAUCUCCCACAUCUUUAGAACUGAUUCUCCUCUUGAUCUCACCUCCUUUCUCAUCUGUUAGUGAACUUUAUUUACAAGGCCUUGGGUGGUCAGUGGUUUUCUUUCCACCACAGUUUGAGGAUCUAACCUUUCCUUAGCAGCUCCACUUUUUUCAGAGGGGAUGUUAGGCUUUCAUGAGAUUCUAUUUUCAGUGCGUUAGUGCUUCUGGGAUACUUGGAGAAAGCAGUGAGUCCUUGUCUGUAAAGAACAACCAGGCCGACCCAAAAAGUUACUAGAUCUAAGAAAAUAGUAAAAAUUAUACGUUAGAAACUUGGAUUUUUGAGGACUUACAAUUAGAAAUUUUGCACCCUGCACACUACACGUAGCCCACCUUGCCAAGCAAGCUGUGGUGUUGUGUGGGUGAUGUGGUUUAUGUCUGUACACUGGGGCUUUGCAAAGGACACUACACGAGCAGCCCGACUUGCCUCUUCUGUGAGCACCGUGACAGCACUUUGUCAGGUGUGAGUGCCAGUCUGGGGAUUACUGCACUUUCUAAUCCACAAUGUUAUCUGUGUAAAUAGCUUUAAUUUUUUCCUCUGUGUAUUAGAUGAAGUUUUGUUCAUGUACAGACCAGGUAGACAGUGACCGAAUGAGGCUGUGUAUGUUCUGUUGUUUUCUACUGUGAUGUACUUGAAGGAGCAGCUCAUGUCCUCCACUCUUCCAAUCUUCCACAGUAUUUUGUGUUUGUUUGGGGACUCCUGAGGUUACUCUUGUACUCUUGUUUUUGCCUCCAUUUUCUUUGUUUCUUCUGGAGACUCGGGGAAGCCCAUGGUGGAAUUAUUUGUAAAGAAUGUAUCAUAAGGACUGGGUUUCCAAAAGCACCCUACAUACAGUGAAUGAGAGGACUCUACCUGAAAAUGGUUUCAGAACCAUGUACCUCUAUGCGUUGUGAUUGUGAAACCUUGACAUUUGUAACCCAAAAGUGAAAACUAGUAAUGGGGAUCUAUUUUGUGUUUUGAAACUUAGGUCCAAUGUUCCCUGGAAAACUAAAGAAAUGUAUCUGCUCAAUGACAUUUUAAAAUAAAAUAUAUAUAUGUAUAUAGGAU